GAAACGAUUCUUCAGUUCGACGCGAGCUUUCCAUUGAAUAAGUUCUAUCAAAAAAUUCAAAAGUGUUUUAGUGAAACUAGAAGCAGGUAGUUGUAGUUCAGUUUCAAAUUCCUUUUUUGAAAAAUUAAACUCAUGUUAUUUUCUGUGAAAUUCCGCUUUGAAACGUGAUUGAAAAUAACCUACAUAACAAUGUCUGAGCAUUUGGAAGCUGGCCAACAACUGGUCAAACAGACCAUGGAUCAAAUGAUUCAAGAGAAAAAAACAACAGGAACCGUUAGCAUACAAGCUCGUCAGGAAUUCCGAGAGUCAUACCAAGAGAGCUACGAAGAAGAGUACGAGGAAGAAACAUUCAUCGAUCAGUUUGGAAAUAAAACAACAAAGAGUGUUGAAUCGAGUAGCGAGAGCAAAGAACAUUCAAAAAGUGCAGAUGUGAGGGUGAAGGCAUCCGGUUUAAAUGCGGAACAACUUCAGGCCCUGACGGAGUGUGCGAAUGAGGCGGGCCAACUCGCGCUUGAUUCUAAAUCAGCCAAUUAACUCAUGUGCCGUUUGAAUGAAGUGAGGUGCUCUUGUGGAGUGAUAAAGACUGUGUACAGUGUUCCUUAUUCUAUGUUCUAAAUUUGUUAUAAGUUUUUAAUCAAUAAAUGUAUCAAAUCUUAAA